GCUUCCCCUUCUCCGAACCAAAAAAGCGAGGACGCCAUUCCAGGCCCAUCGCCCAACAGCCGCAGUCCAGUAAAUACAGCCGCCGUACGCACACGUGUCUAUAAUUAGUUGGCUCCAUAAUCACGAAGAAGAAACUGAAAUCCCCUCCGUCCAACGGAGAUCCGUCGCAGCAGAAUCGGUGAAUCGCUGAAGAUUCACUUUAGGAUCCAACGGCACCAGAGCGGCGGAGUAUAAGGUGAAGAAGAAAGCAGGAACGAUGUCAAUGUCUGCCAGAGUAUCGAGCUUUUCGGAUCUGAUACAGCGAGUCACAGCUUCUUGCUUGCUGAACCCGCUCGCCGCUGGCGGGGAAGGACCUGGAGAAACCCCUGACAUUGGCCCCUUCGUAAACGACGUCGUAAGAGGCAAAGAGGAAGAAGAGUCAUCGUUCGAGUGCGAGUCCUCUAAGGAAGACAACGAUGGGUUCAAUGGGUAUAAGGGAGAUGGGGAAUCAGGAAUGGGGAUUUGGAAGGGAGGGAAAGUGGGGGAGAUGGUGAUUUUGAUGAAUGAGGUGUUUGAUGUGGUGUCCUCGAUGAAGAAGGCGUAUGUGAAUAUGCAAGAGGCGCACAGUCCCUGGGACCCGGAGAGGAUGAGGGCGGCCGACGUUGCGUUGGUCGGGGAGCUGAGGAAGCUGGGGAUGUUGAGAGACAGGUUUAGGAGGUGUGGUGGUGGCGUUGGAGGGAGGAAGGGGAGAGAGCAAGUUGCUUCGCUGAGGGAGGUGGUGGCGCCUUAUGAGGCGGCGAUAGAGGAGCUGAAGAGGGAGGUAAAGGCGAAGGAAGCGGAGAUCGAGAGCUUGAAAGAGAAGCUCAAAAGCUCCUCUUCCCUCUCUAGCGACGGCGGCAGGAAGAAAGGGCGGUCACUUUCCAGGAGGAAAAUCUCCUGCAGUCAAGGGGUUGCAGCGGCGCCGGCGCCGGCGCCGGAGCUAUUCCAGGCAACAAUGAGUCAGGUCAAAGAGGCAUUGAAGUCAUUCGCGUCCCUUCUCCUCUCCCUCAUGCGCUCUGCUCACUGGGACAUUGCCGCCGCAGUCCGUUCCAUAGAGUCCGCUACUGCUAACACUGACACCGCCUUCAUAACCACUACUAUCACUCCCUCCGUCAUCGCAAACCACCAUGCCAAGUAUGCUCUUGAAUCCUACGUCGCCCGUAAGAUUUUCCAAGGCUUCGACCACGAGACGUUCUACAUGGACGGCAGCCUCUCGUCACUCCUCAACCCUGACCAGUACCGCCGUGACUGUUUCACCCAGUACCGUGACAUGAAGGCGAUGGACCCAGUCGAGCUUCUCGGAAUCUUACCCACAUGUCAUUUCGGCAAAUUCUGCUCAAAGAACUACCUUGCCAUAGUUCAUCCCAAGAUGGAAGAGUCCUUGUUCGGAAACUUGGAGCACCACGACCAAGUAGUGGCCGGAAACCAUCCCCGGAGUCAGUUCUACGGAGAGUUCUUGGGGUUGGCCAAGGCCAUCUGGUUGCUUCACCUGUUGGCAUUCUCACUUGAUCCACCCCCAAACCUGUUCGAGGCUAGCAGGGGAGCCCAGUUCCAUCCACAGUACAUGGAAAGUGUGGUCAAAUUUUCCGGUGGACGGAUCCCAGCCGGUCAGGUUGUCGCGUUUGCUGUCUCUCCCGGGUUUAAGCUCGGAAAUGGGUCAAUUAUCAAGGCCAGAGUUUACCCAGUCCCUCGCACCUGAAGUAUGGAUUUCUGGAUUGGUUUCAUAUUUUUGAAUUAAAGGGAGAAACUUUGUUUAGCUUCCUGUGGCACUUUUGUUGAAAGGCGUUACCUUUGUGGAAGCAUUCUCGGUUUGUAAUGACAGUAAAAUGCUGAUUAUAUA